CGCGAAAGUUCAGUUGUAGCUUGGCGUUUCGUGUAAGAGUAGCGAUUGCUGAAUAGGAGUAUAGAUCCUAGUAGGCCGUUCUUUUGUACUAAUAGAACAUUUAGCCAUAAUAUAUAGUAUUUGAAGUUAAGCACGAGAUUCCGUACCAGGGAACAUAUAUGUAAAAUUGUCCUAUUAAAGCUUUAUCGAGGAAAAAAGUUUUUCAGCGAUUGAAAAAGAUCCUCAACGAUAUUCUUAUUUGACUUGUCACACGCACUUUCAGUGUUAAGAUGUCCAGCCCCAAGAAAGAAGAACUGCCAAAGGUUUCUCCUGCCAUCAAGGAUGAAUUAGUUCAUUUUGAUUCUACAAAAAUGAAGCCUACCAAAACUGAGGAGAAGUUAAUACUCCCAACCAAAGAAGAUGUUCAAAAGGAAAAGGUUCACAACUCCCUUCUGCAAAAUGUUGAAGGAUUUCAACGCUCUAAACUUAACCCAACACAGCCCAGGGAAAAAAUCCGUCUGCCCAGUGCUGAAGAUGUAGAAUUGGAGAAAGUUCACAACUCUCUGCUACAAGAUGUUGAGGGAUUUGAACGUUCUUUGCUUAGCCCUACACUUCCUCAUGAGAAAAUCCAUCUACCCAGUGCUGAAGAUGUAAAACAAGAAAAAAUACACCAGAGUUUGGUGACUGGUGUGGAGCAGUUUGAUAAAACUUCCCUUCAUCAUGCUGAGACAACAGAAAAAUCUGUUUUACCAAACUCUCAAGAAAUUGAAAAGGAAAAAGGCCAACAACAAUUACUAGAAGGCAUCAAAAGCUAUGACACUGCACAACUCAAAAACGCAACAACUAACUUGAAAAAUCCUUUGCCAACAAAGGAUGAGAUUGAACAAGAGAAAAAAUCCUGCAAAUAAAGCAAAGCCUGAUUUGCUGGUUCCUACAUAUACAGGAAUUGGUAAAUAGAAAACCCACCACUUGGGAAACUUGCAUUAUAAUCGAUUUGGCAAAAAACUGGGAUAGAAAGCUUUCCAAAGAACUGUCAAUUCCUGAAGAGAAUAGACAAUUUUAUUUAAUGAAAUUUAACUAAAGAAAACAUCUAGCUACCAGAAAACAAAAUGAAAAAAACUAAUCCUUACUAAUGUUUGUAAACCUAACUUGUCUUGUGAAGAAUGGUAUUAUUAUUAUUAUUGUUGUUGUUUUUUAAGUGUGGAAAUUUAACCAAUUGGAUACCAUUACAUGCAGUCUUAACACACCAAAGAAUUGGCUUCUAGAAACUGGAUUAGAUAGUUGUAAGUACUUACUUCUCUCAUUAGUUCACUGUCUUGAACAAAUUCAAUAAUUUACAAUUUAAAUAUUAUUUCUUCCUAAUAUUCAAAUUAAGACGGUCCAUCCUGUCGUGUCACUUUGAUUCAAUGAGCAUUCGUUGGAGUAUUUGAGGUUGCAUUUUUUUUUUUGUAUUGUUAAAGAAACUAGUCAAAAUUAGUAGCUCGUUUUGAUUGAUAUAUAUGGAGUUUCCACAUUUAAAAGAAAAAUGUAGAAAUAUGUAACAGGAACAUUCCUUUUUUAGCAAUAAAAUCUUUGAUAUGAAAUAAUUCCAGGUUUUUUGGGAACAAGCUUUUUUAUUGCAUUUAAAACAAUAACUGUACACAAAUUUGAUGCAUAUCAAUAUUUGUGUUACUUUAGUUUUCUUGAAUAAAGUGAUUGCAUUUAUA